GCUCGCUGAGUGACGACGUGUCGCUCCAAACUCUUAGCUGAGCUAAAUUUACACGCCAGUAAUUCCUACCACUCUUAACCAUUGACCCACUGACAGUGAAUUGUGCUUUAGUUCUUACAUUGAGUUCCCCGAACGCCAGCCGCCCAAAGUGUCAUCCAUGACAACUUCCACAACAAAACAAAACAUGUCCGUGUUAUGAUAUAAAAAAAAUUAUAAAUAGUGUACAUAAAAUAGUGCUAAAUUCCAGUGUCAUGUGUCAAAUUACUUUAUAAUUUGCUACGUAAAGUUUCCUGGAAAAUCACCAAAUAACAAAAAGGAAAAUUGCGGGAACCGAUGGUCGUAAAUUAAAAAAUGCGCUGCUAAUAAAAGUCAUACAUCCGUAGUGAUAUAUAUAUAAAAUUUUGUGUGUCCGGUUUUGCGGUCGCGAUGUCUUCAAGGACGGGCCAGAGAGGCACGUCCGUUGCUACCAGCCAGAGGAAGCACCGCUCCAGGUCUACCCCCAGGUAUGACCUGGAGAAGAAGCCGAAGAAGAAAGACCUGAAGACGACGGGCACCACCAGCUUGGUCUCGAUUCCCAACAGCAUAAAGCUUACUAUGCUCAAUAGCGGGCUCAUAUCCUUUGCCGAUGAGAACGGAUCGAUAUCGGAGACGAUACCCGAUCGGCCCGUCGAGCUGAAGAACUUCCCCAAACUCUGCGAGCAGCGGCGAAAGUUUCCUGUUCUCUACAAAUUAGAAUUUCAGACGGCAAUCAAAGUGGAAACACACGCAUGUCGACACGCACAGAAGAAAACAAACGCACACAAAAACCAGAACCAAAAAGUUACUCCUUAUGACUACAAUAGAGUGGUGCUACAGACAGUCGACCGAGAGCCGGAUUCUGAUUAUAUAAAUGCUUCCUAUGUAGAUAGUAUAUUAAAGCCAAACGCGUACAUAGUGACCCAGGGGCCAACGGAGGACACGGUGGUGUCGUUCUGGCGCAUGAUCUGGCAGGAGCGCGCCGCUGCCAUCGUCAUGCUGACCAAGACCUUCGAUUUUAUCAAGGUGAUGUGCGUGCAGUACUGGCCGCCCAACAAGGAGAAGGACGAGUCGUACGGCGACAUCAGUGUCGGCAUCGUGCAAGAGGAGGAGCUCGCCAACUUCCACAUACGCACCUUCCGCCUCUACAAGACUGAAAAGGAUGUGGUUGUCGAAGAGAGAUUUAUCCUCCAGUUCCACUACACUCAAUGGCACUCCCACACAUGUCCCUUCAGCAACGCCCUCCUGGAGUUCAGGAGGCGAGUGAGGGCAGUAGUGGGGAGGAGACUUGCGACCAGCUCUGUGAUCGGACCUAUGCUUGUACACUGCAAUGACGGCGGCGGACGGUCGGGAGUGUAUUUAGCAGUUGACGCGAAUUUAGAAUUAGCUGAAGAAGAAGACUGCUUUGAUGUUUUCGGGUAUUUAAAGAAAUUGAGACAAUCCAGAAAAGGCCUUAUAGAAAAUGAGGAGCAAUAUAAAUUCGUGUAUGAUACAUUAGAGGAGCACGUUGUUUGCGGUGUUUCCUGGUUUCCAGUAUCAGAGUUGUCACAAAGACUGAAACAAAAGUCCCAAAGGGACCCAGUGACCAAACUGAACGAGUAUCAGAAGGAAUAUCAGCAGAUUUGCAAACAGACUCCCAGAUUCACUAUAGGCGACUGCGCCGGUGGACACAGGGGAGAUAACAGAGAGAAGAAUAGAGAUGUUCUUGUAGUUCCACCGGAUAAUUUUCGUCCAUAUUUGACAUCCUUCCAAGGCAAUAGUUUUACAGACUACAUAAAUGCUGUGUUUGUAGACGGUUACACAAAGCCCAGAGAGUACAUAGUGACGGAAUGGCCGUUAGUACAAACGCAAGGAGAAUUCUGGUCUCUAGUGUACGAUUAUGAGUGCGCUGCCGUCGUGGUUCUGUGUGUGCCACAGAAAAAUUCUCAACAAUACCCUCCCUUCUGGCCGGAGGGGCGGCACUCCAAGAAAUACGGGCCCGUGUUCACAAUAGACCACGUCUCUCACAACCAUUACACGAAUAUAAAGACUUGGAUAUUUAGGAUUAACAAGAAAAUCGUAUCGCUCACGGAGUUGAUGGCGGGGGUCAAAGCGCCCCCCAAGACAGUGCAGCUGUUCCAGCUGACAUGCUGGCCCAUGGGGCAUAAAGUACCCUCAUCCACCAAUUCUCUCGUCGAACUGAUGAACAUGGUCGAGAGGUGGCGACAGCGCACCGACUACGGGCCCGUGUGUGUUGUGUCACCCGACGGGCGCAGCCGCGCGGGCGUGUACUGCGCCGCCAACGCCUGCAUCGAGCAGGUGAUCAAGCACGGGGAGGUGGACGUGUUCCAGGCGGUGAAGACUGUGCGCCGCCACCGCCCGCAGCUCGUCGAGAACAUGACUGAAUAUAAAUACUGCUACGAUUUGGUCCUGCACUACGUGCUGCAUUAUUUGAGUAAGGAUAUGAAUGAGAAGAAGUGAGAGUGCGAACUCAAGGACGAGCUCUGGUUCAUCGAGUUCGGGCGCGGCGCCGCGCUGCC